AUGGAGUUUUUACUCCUUUACUACCCAUUUACUUUUCUGUUCCUCGCAUUUCUAGUCCUUUACCAGGUGAAUCCUGCAUUCAGAUUCUACUGCAAGAAGAACUUCUAUAAGUUGUGGAUCACCACCGUAAGCAUUCCGGUUAUUAUGAUCAGUAUUCCUCGUGGACGUAACUUGGAAAACAUCCGGUUUUUGCGCAUGUCAUUCAUGCCACUCAAAUACAUCUUUGGGAUCAAGGUAGUGGUGAAGGGCAAGGAGAACCUCAGGACUAAGAAACCUUUCGUCGUCGUGCUAAAUCACCAGACCUCCCUUGACAUUAUGAUGAUGAUGGACAUAUUACCAAGCCGCUGUGUGCCCAUUGCCAAGAAGGAAAUCCUAUACAUGGGCACUUUUGGCCUGGCAUGCUGGCUUUCGGGACUCAUUUUCAUUGACCGCAAGAAGAAGGAAGAGUCUGUCUCUGCCUUGACAGAAGUGGCACGCUCCUUGCACAAAGAAAAUUACCGUGUCUUGGUCUUCCCUGAAGGAACUCGCAAUCAUGGAGGCUCCAUGCUGCCCUUCAAACGUGGGGCUUUCCACCUGGCUGUGAAGGCCCAGGUCCCCAUUAUUCCUGUAGUGAUCUCUUCCUACUGCGACUUCUACAACCGGAAGGAGAAGAGGUUUACAACAGGGAAAAUCAUCAUCCAGAUCCUGCCAGAAGUGGAGACCCUUGGCCUGGGCCCAGACGAUGUUCCCGAACUCACCGAACAGGUCCAUGACUCCAUGUUCACCACCUAUCAGGAGAUAUCAGGAAUGCUGAAUGGGGCUUCCCAUUAG